AAGGAAGUAACGCUUCUCUCAUGUGCUUUUCCAUGGUUCCCCAUUUCAAUAGCGGGGCGUUGCAGCUCAUUGUGAAGUUUACCCCCAUCUCCUGAGUAUUCUACUGUCUGAGAUCUUGGGAAGACAGGAUGGGCUACAUGAGGGUGGAGGAGCACACGGCCGCCCUCCUGCAUCUCAAGAGGUCCCCUGGGAUCCGCUCGUGGUCUCUGCUCGUCGGUAUAGCCUCUAUUGGCCUGGCAGCAGCCUACUACAGUUCAGAUAGCUUGUUAUGGAAGUUGUUUUACGUGACAGGCUGUUUCUUUGUGGCUCUGCAAAACAUGGAUGAGUGGGAGGAAGCCGUGUUUGACAAAUCCAGGGGGGAGAUAGUGCUGAAGACAUUUAGUCUAUAUGCCAGAAUACUAACCCUCUGGAGGAAAGGUCAGGAGAAAGUGGUGUUGCCCUUGUGGCACCUCCGUGACAUAAGUGUUCAGGAGGAAAAGGUGCGCUACCUGGGGAAAGGUUAUUUACUGGUGCUUCGCAUGGCUACAGGCUUCUCGCAUCCACUUACUCAGAGUGCCACUCUUGGUGGACGCAGUGACGUGGAUGCCCUGGCUGCCUUGUUGAAACGCUUUCUGGGCCUCGAAAAGCUCCAGCAGCAAAGGCAGUGCGAGGAAGAUGACAGAUUGGCAGAAGAUGAAGCAGACGAUUACAGCAGUGAUUCGGAGGAUCAGGAGGGCCAUUGACCCUUGUAUAACCCUUUGAACUUUCUUAGCCGCCGCCAAGAAAUGAUGUGCGGUAGGGUGUGAGAGGGUGUACCCUCGUCCCCAAGAAAAAGACCAGUUUUCUGACAUUCCACUUUACAUCUAUUCCUGUCAAUCUUCCAUUUUAGUAUUGCUUUUAUUUUAACUAAAUCUGUCCAAUUGCAUUCCACCAGGCAUCACUACAGCAUUCUGCACAGUGUAUGUGUGGUAGAACUCUGUUAUAGAUGAAAGAAAGCAGUUUGGUUGCCUUUCUGAACAGAAAAUACUGUUAAGUUAUUGAUGUGUACAUGUCCAUAAUAUACAUCAAAUGUGA